UGUAAAGGCUAGGGUUUUACAUGUAACUGAAUCGGUUGAGUGCCCGUUCUGCACCGAGAAUCAUAAGUUGUUGAAUUGUAAGAAAUUUAGCAAGGAAGAUACAGAUGCACGCCGUAAUUUCGUUCAAUCUCAGAAAUUAUGUUUCAACUGUUUUGGGCAUAAUCACACUGUGUAUACAUGUCGCGCACCAUCUAAGUGUAGAAUUUGCCAUCGAAAACAUCACUCGUUGCUUCACAUUAGGAAUACACCGUCAACAGCGAGUAAUGUAUGUCAGGUACCAACUGAAGGAAAUUCUUCAGAAUUAAAUAAAGAAAAAGAAAAACCAGAUGAACCGUGUAAAAAUAUUAUUUCUUGUCAUAUUAGUGCCCAAAGUCACGUUUUACUAGCGACGGCUUUGGUAAGAGUUAUAUCACAAUCAGGCAUAUGCGUAACUUUACGGUCUCUUUUAGACCAAGGUUCUCAAUCUUCGUUCAUAACUGAGGCAGCUGUACAGCUACUUGGUUUGUCGAAGAAGCAAUGCAAGAGUUACGUGUCGGGUUUAGGAGGUGACCAAGAUUCUAUGGUGACGUCAAAAUAUGUCGUCUAUUUUAAAAUUCAAUCACUGAUAAACCCUAGUUUUGUGAUGCAAGUUAAGGCCCAUGUACUGAAAAGUAUCACCACAUUGCUGCCUGACAAGAAAAUUGCAGUGCAGGGGUGGUCAAACAUGCCAGUGUUAAAAUUGGCAGACCCAACUUUCAACACACCUAAUAAAGUUGAUAUACUUUUAGGAGCAGAAGUAUACUGUCAAAUUAUAGAAGAAGGCUUUAUUAGGAGUGGCCCAGAGAUGCCAGUAGCCCAAAAUACUAAAUUGGGAUGGAUUUUAUCUGGAAAGGUGUCAACAACGGGUUAUGGAAAUACUAAAAGUUUUCAUACUACUGUUCGAUGCAUGCAUGCAGUAGGAGAAAAUAGUCUAUUGCAAAAAUUUUGGGAACUGGAAGAAGAACCAAAAUUGAGUGAAGAAAGAAAAUGGUCAGAUGAAGAACAGAAGUGUGAAAAGAUAUUCAUAAGCACGACAACAAGAGAUUCUGAAGGAAGAUAUGUCGUCAAGCUCCCUUUUCGGAGUGAAGAUCCGCAAUGUCAAUAUGGUAAUACAUUGGCUAUUGCUUUAAAAAGAUUUGAAUAUCUUGAAAAAAGAUUAUCAAGAAAUCUUGAAUUGAAAAAACAAUAUACAAAUGUAAUUAAUGAAUAUGUUGAGUUAGGUCACAUGGAGAUAAUUCCUGAUAUUGAUAUAAAACCAACAUUUGUAUAUUUGCCUCAUCAUGCGGUGGUGAGAGAAGAUAAGACAACAACAAAAGUAAGAGUUGUUUUUGAUGCUUCGUGCCCUGGAAAAAAUGGAGUGUCUCUGAAUAGUGAGUUGAUGAUAGGUCCAAAAUUACAACCGGACUUACGUCAUAUUAUUAUGCGUUGGCGUAUGCAUCCAAUUUGUCUUUGCUCUGAUAUUGUAAAAAUGUACAGACAGAUCAAAGUUACUGAAAAAGAUGCAAAUUUUCAGUGCAUUGUUUGGCGUGAAAAUCCGGAAGAUAAUGUGAAACAUUUACGCAAUUUAAGGGUUACGUUUGGAACUGCAUCAGCUCCUUAUUUAGCUGUGCGAGCUUUACAACAAGCUGCUAAGGAUGAAGCAGAACAUUUUCCGAACACUUAUCAAAAGGUGUUGGAUGAUUUUUAUAUGGAUGACUUGUUGUCUGGUUGCGAAAAUAUAGAAGAAGGAGAAAAGUUAUAUAAAGAAAUUAAAGAAUUGUUAUGCAGGGCUGGGUUUGAGCUCCAAAAAUGGACGAGUAACAGUAAAAAAUUGAUGGAAACUAUAAAUGAAAAGCAAUUAAAUGAAAAGAUCAAUUUAAAAGUUGAUGCUGUUAUCAAAAUAUUAGGUCUCAGAUGGAAUCAAGAAUCUGAUAAUUUCGAAUAUUCUGUAAAGAUUCCAUUUUCUGACGUAUCUAUCACUAAACGCAAGGUUAUAUCAGAGAUUGCUAAGCUAUUUGAUCCAUUGGGUUGGUUGGCACCUGCAAUUAUUGUUACUAAAAUAUUCAUACAAAAAUUAUGGAUAUCAGGGAUUGGUUGGGAUGAUUUAUUGCCUGAAAAUCUAUUAAAAGAAUGGAUUUCAUAUCGUAACGAACUUUUAUUGCUGCAAGAUGUUACAAUACCCAGAUGGAUGAAUACUUAUCGUAGUGAUAAACAACGAGAGCUUCAUGGGUUUUGUGAUGCUUCAAAUGAAGCU